AGCUGACAAAAUGGAAAAAAUAAGUUCUUCACAAAAACAAAACGAGCAGCUUCAGGAACAUCGACUGGAGCAGCAGGAGUCCAAUUCUGACACAACUUGCUCAUACCUGGAGAAAGAAUUGCAGUGUGCACAGGAGGAGCUGAAAAAGCUGGCAGGAAAAUUACGCAGGACACAAAACAAUCAGACAGCACUGCAAAAAGUUAACCAGGACCUUGAGAAUAAACUGCACAGGAUGGUACAACUGCAUGAAAAGGAAAAGAGGAACCUCAAACAUGAAGUAAAGAUUUUAAGCAGCCACCUAAUGGAAGCCAAGAUGACCAUAGAACAACUAACAAGGAAGAAUGUGCCAGCAGAAAUUCAAGGAAGUCUUGGAGAAUACACGGAGAAUUUCGAACAUGGCCUUAUUGGAACUGUAUGUGAGUCACCUGUGUCUGAGACGCAAACUCACUUAUUAGAAAACCCAGACUCAAUCUGUUUGCCAGGGUCCCCCAAACCAGUUUCACCCUCAAGACAGGAAACACACAGACUUAUGAGGGAUACUGACAAACAUGAUCAAGGCUCUCAAUUUAAGGCUAAUUUGUACUGUAGUGAUACAGCUCUUUAUUGCCCUGCAGAACAAAGGAAAGGAAGAAGUAAGGUUAGAGAUAUGCAAGGUAGAAAUCUUGGAUUUUUUCGAACACAGAGCUUUACAGAUAGCGUUGUGGAAGCAGAAGACUUCAGUACAAGAGAGCCCCCUCCCAAUUAUUCCCAUGCAGUGUCAACUUUCACUAACUACUUAAGCAGCAGCAGGACAAACAAGAAGAAAGGGACUGCGCAAACCACUGUAAACCCUGCUCACAACCUUCAGUGUCUUAACAGUAGAGAUAAUGUUUAUGAAAGAAAGUGCAGCCCUUCACGAGAAUACAGAAACAACAAAUCCAGCCCUGUUCACACUGGGCAGCUACAAUUCAAAGAUAUGACAUGUGAUAGCACGCAGCACUCCUAUGCAACUCUCCCAAAACGCUUUAAUGAUUCACUGUGCUUUUCGAGGAUAAUGACUCAGCAGGACAGGACCUCAGAAUUGCACAGUGAUCAAAAGGAUACACAUGAACCGGAAAAAAAUACAAUGGGCCAAAGUCGGAAAAUCAACAUGCAUUAUUCACACAGGGCACCUGGAAUGAUUUCAUCCAGUAGCUUUACUGAGCAGCAACCAGAUAAUAAUCUGAUGAGAAGAACACCCACGCGUGCAAACCAGUUGUUUUCUACUUCCAGAGAAGAUAAUUUUCUUGAUGGACAGGAUCCUGACCAGAAUAACUUUACAGAUUCAAAUUUCAGAGCGAUUUCAGAAAACGAAUGCAAUAAUGUUCAGAAACGAGAUGCAUUUUCCAUGUCUAAGCAAAAAGAUACUGAAAAUGACCCAGAACCUUUGUCCAGCGGAAAGUGUAUUGAAAAUGCAAAUGUUGGUAACAUUAGAAAAUACAUUGAUGUUGCCCCAGUAAUUCCAGUAGAUUCCUCAUACAGACAUCCCAUUACGUUGUUUGUGGUCCAUAAUGUUCACCUGGAUAAUGGGGUUUCGAAUAGUAAUGAGAAAUCCUUCAAGAAGGAUGGCCUUUAUAGGAAGGACAGCCUUACAAAGGCACAACUUUAUGGAAACUUGCUCAACUAA